GCCGGUUCUGUAGGGAUGGUUGCUAACGGUGCCUUUUUCUCUCUUUUCAGCUGUCCCUUCCUUGCCAGCCACCUGACCCUGGCCAUCCCCAUCAUCGCAGCCGUCCUCUUCUUCUUUGUCAUCAGCUGCCUGCUCCAGACAAGCUUCAGGGACCCAGGUAUCCUGCCCAGAGCCACCCCCAGUGAGGCCGCAGACCUGGAAAAGCGGAUCGACAGCAUGGGCACCUCCACCUACCGCCCGCCCGCCCGCACGAUGGAGGUGGUCAUCAACAAGUACGUGGUGAAGCUCAAGUACUGCUACACCUGCAAGAUGUUCCGCCCGCCGCGCACCUCGCACUGCAGCGUCUGCGACAACUGCGUCGAGAGGUUCGACCACCACUGCCCCUGGGUGGGCAACUGCGUGGGGAAGCGCAACUACCGCUACUUCUACGCCUUCAUCCUCUCCCUCUCCUUCCUGACAGCCUUCAUCUUCGCCUGUGUCGUCACCCACCUCACUCUGCGCUCGCAGAGGGAUGGCUUCCUCACCACCCUGAAGACAACACCCGCGAGCGUGCUGGAGCUGGUCAUUUGCUUCUUCUCGGUCUGGUCUAUUUUGGGCCUCUCAGGUUUUCACACGUACUUAGUCGCCUCCAACCUGACGACGAACGAAGACAUCAAAGGGUCCUGGUCAAAUAAGAGGGGCUCCGAGUUCGCCAAUCCUUACAGCCAUAAAAGCAUCCUCACGAACUGCUGCGCGGUGCUGUGUGGCCCGUUCCAUCCCAGUUUGAUAGACAGAAGAGGAUUUAUCCAGCCAGAUGUCGGGACCCCGUCCAGCCCGAAGAGCGAAGUCCCUUCCUUCGGAGCCAAGCCUGACACCAGCAUGGUAGGAGGCAUGCCGUAGCGGUGCUGUGAUGUAGCCCCGAGCCUGCUGUGCCCACACCUCGCUCCAGCCAGCUCCUUCCCAUCUCCCCGGCCUCAGGCGGGACAGCCCUGCGAUGCAGAGCUGCCAAAGACUCAGUUGAGCCAUACGUUGCCUUUUUUUUUUUUUUUUAAUUAUUAUUAUUUAUUUAUUGGUUUUGUUGAAUUGUUUCACUGUGAUGUAGCCUGCCCGGACUCCCGGCUGAUGCAGGACCCUCAGGCUCGUGCAGAAAGCAGGGAACCCCCCUGCACGAGGGAAGCAAACGGGUCUGGGGAGCCCCCUGACCUCUAAACCCGGGGCGUUUGCUCGGGGAAAUCGCCGUGUUCCCUGCACGGAGAGUGAAGGGGGGCUGAGGGUGGGAGGUGGGACUGGCGAAGGGUUCCCGCUUGGAGCCGUGCUGCCGAGCCUCGUCCCCUGGGCUGGUGGAGGUGGGAGCUCCCUGGUGUCCCUGCUAUUUCCACAAACGCCUCUCGCUCCUCUGUGCCAACACGGAGGGGCUGUUCUGUGUCUUAACGGCCGGGUUCUCACCUCGGCUCGCUCCCAGAGCAGCUUUUCUUUUCCAGCAGCUGCCGUGCCUUGGUAGGUUGUGGCCGUGCAGCUGGGGAGACCGGCUCACAGCAGGCGUGGAGGCUGAGUGGGGGUCCCGGUGGAUCCCGUUUUCUGUCUGCUCACCGGGGAAGUGCUGACGAGCUCCUCGUGUUUCCAGUAGGACAAUGUUUUGCAGCAAGGACACGAGUUAGGAGGGCCGUCCUGCUAGUGGGGGAGAGGAAACGCGUGCACCAUCCUGCAGCUCUCCCCAUGAGAUGCUGGCUACGGUUGUGAGAUUCGGGAGCUUGCCAGGAAAGCCUGGCUGUAGCCUGCCUGCAGAAAGAAUUAAAGGCUACAGAAAAGUGGGUGAGUUCCCAAGGGUCCAACCCACCCCAGGUGGUUACACAGAGGAAGCAGCAGGCGGGUGCUGGUCUCUGGUAACCUCGUGUUGUGGUUUUGGUUUGGUUUUCUGGCCAGCAGACGAGAGCAGGGCUGUCCCCAGCACCUCAGGAGUGAUUCCCGUGUGCCUCGGUGCCUCCACGAGCAUCGCUCCCGGCCCGCAGAGACACAGGCGAGCUGGGCUGGGCUGCCAGCUCUGCGGGUUGCCAACACUGGAGCGUGCGUGGAGGAGGAUCGCAGACCUUGUUAGCAAUACUUGAAUCGUGUUACUAAAAGCUGCUGGAUAAUUUUGCACAAUUUGUAGAUUUUUUUCUACGUAGAACGUUUUGUAUUCGAUGUAGAUAGCGUUGUGCAUGUUAGCACCAGGGCAGAGGCUUGCAGUGUUUUGUGUCAAGCUGCCUGGUUAGGUUUUCUGUGAGUUAAACACGCGAAUUUCAGCCUCGGGCAGGGACAGCAGCACAUUUAGGGGGGCAGCCUGUCCCCGCUGAAUUAGCCGGGGUUGUGCUGUCCACACUGUGAGCGACCGAGCCAGCCCCGAGGGGUGUCAGCAGAUGGCAGGGCAGCCUCUUCCCCUUGCCUUGACUUUCUGGCUCGCUGCGGAGCUCUCCCUGCCUGCUUGCCUUGUGGCCACCAGCUCUGCCUCUGCUCUGCGAAGAGCCAGAGCAGCAGCAGGAGCUCAGGGCAGGGCAGCUCCGGCACGGCUGCUGACCUCCACCUUGCAGCCUCCCCGUCCCCCAGCUUCCACCACCAGCCUCUGGCUUGCUUCGAGCCCACCUGGCCCUGCCCAGAGCCUGGAAGCUGCUGAAUUUCUGCCCCAUCCCGGCAGGUGGCCCUCGCCGAGCGCCGCGGGAGGCUCCCUGUGGCUGGGUGCCACCUCCCGGGCUGGGUGCUUCAGCCUGAAAGCCAGCGUUACCUCCUUGCUCCUGCUGCACUGAUGGCCCCGAGGGGGCUUGUCCUUGCCUGCAGGGAGCCUCGGUGCCACCUUCCAGCAGCAGGCCCGGGGACAGGACAGGGCGAGUGGUGCUGUGCGGAGAAGGUCUGGUGCCCGGAGCGGUGUGCAGGGGUGUUAUCGGGGGCCAAACUCCUUCCUGUUCUUAUUUAAACUGGUUUCCUUUGUUACUCGACAUAAUAAAAUUAUAUUUUUAAAGAGUUAA